AUGGCAGAAGAGAUGGUGGAGCUCGGAUUCGAGGGUCUUGACAAGUUCACCGACAAGUACUUUGACAGAACCUACGAUCGUCUUCCGGCAUUUCCCAAAACAGGAAAGGAGAAACGCAAGCUACAAGCGCAGCAAAACCAAUUCCAGCAAAACGCACAAGGCCCGCCUGUUCAAAACGCACAUCAGUCGUCCUACCCGGCUCAGACCGCUUCGCGAAAUCCCGACAAGGAGUACACUUCGCCUCGCUCUGUACCGAAGAGUGUAGACGGCUACAACUCGGACCCAGAGAUGUAUGCGCCAGACUACAGGCAAGACCGUUAUGGCCCAGAUGAUCGGUACUACGAGACGGAACAGAACGACCACAGGGCGCCGGGACCAGGGUUUAAAGUCCCGCGCGGUCGCGACGGACCGAGUGACACCCGCGACAUGCAGGUAGCACCAUACCCACAGCAAAGUCAGCCUGACUACGGUCAACAACGCGGAUACGGGGGCGCCGGCGGUAGACCAGGUACCCAGCGUAGAGGCUCAUCGUGGUCUCCGCCGCGGUCUGAGCGACAAGGCCGACGAGAAACGCGACGCCGUCGGUCUAACUCGCGCUCUCGGUCUCGCGACGACAUGAAGAGCCGUCUGAUUGCGACUGUUGGUGGCGCAUUGGUGGGCGGCAUAGCAGGCAACCAAGCGACUAAAGGCAAGAAGUACGACACUGUCGCAACGAUUGCUGGAGCCAUCAUAGGCGGUGUUGGUGCAAAAGAAGCCGCGGGCCAUUGGGACGAACGCAAAAGGAAGAAGGAGCAGCAAAGGAACGGUGAUUGGGAGGAGGACUACGAUGACAACAAGCGCAGGAAUGAUCGCAGGAGAGACGACCGAUACGACCGUGACGACAGGUACGAUGACAGAUAUGAACGCGAUGACCGAAGGAGAUACUAG